AUUAAGAAACAAUUUAAGAGCAGAACCGGGUUUGGUCUUAGGAUCCCAACACCUAAUCCCGACAACCAUUUGUUUCAUUUUGAUUAUAUUAUUCAUAAAUCACUAUCCUCCUCCUCCAUUUAACAAUAAUUGUAGCUAUCCAUCAAAAUAAUAACAAUAGAUCCCAUUUGGUUUCAACAUGUCUUUAAAGUUGCUUUGGUUUGUAUCUUCCCAAUCAAACUUGGGGUUCCUUCAUCAUGGGAACCGGUCCUUGCCAUGUCCCAAUUUGUUGUUCCAACACAGAGCAGGUAAAGGUAAGAAUCAGAGAUGGAAACCCCAUUUUUGUUCUUCAAGGACUUAUGUUCCUGGUUCAGAAGGGUUAAGAAGAAGCAAGGUGAAGGUCACUGUUGUGUCAACCAUGGCAGCCACUAGCUCAGCAGGUGAAAUAGCUAUGUCAUCAGAGGAGAAGGUUUACAAUGUGGUGUUGAAACAGGCAGCUUUGGUUAAUAAGCAAUUGAGAUCACCUCGUGUGGAUGUCGUUGUACCUGGUGAUUUGAGCUUGUUAAAUGAAGCAUAUGAUCGUUGUGGUGAAAUUUGUGCCGAGUAUGCAAAAACCUUUUAUUUGGGAACUUUGCUGAUGACCCCUGAAAGACGUAGGGCUAUAUGGGCUAUCUAUGUAUGGUGUCGGAGGACCGAUGAGCUCGUUGACGGACCAAAUGCACCGCAUAUAACUCCCACUGCUUUAGAUAGGUGGGAAUCCAGGUUGGAAGAUCUAUUCAACGGUCGUCCGUUUGAUAUGCUCGAUGCCGCUUUGGCCAACACGGUUAAUAAAUUUCCAGUCGAUAUUCAGCCUUUCAAAGACAUGAUAGAAGGAAUGAGGAUGGACUUAAGGAAAUCCAGAUACAAAAACUUCGACGAACUAUAUCUCUAUUGUUAUUAUGUAGCCGGCACUGUCGGGUUGAUGAGUGUGCCUGUGAUGGGCAUUGCACCUGAAUCUUUAGCUAGCACAGAGAGUGUGUAUAAUGCUGCAUUAGCAUUAGGGAUAGCUAAUCAACUCACUAAUAUACUCAGAGAUGUUGGGGAAGAUGCGCAAAGGGGAAGAAUUUAUCUACCACAAGAUGAGUUAGCACAGGAAGGACUAUCAGAUGAGGAUAUUUUUAGUGGAAAAGUAACAGAUAAGUGGAGGAACUUCAUGAAGAAACAAAUAAAGAGGGCAAGAAUGUUGUUUCAUGAAGCUGAAAAAGGAAUUAAAGAGCUAAAUGCAUCGAGUCGAUGGCCGGUAUCGGCAUCAUUGAUGCUAUAUAAGCAGAUAUUAGAUGAGAUAGAGGCCAAUGAUUAUAACAACUUUACAAAGAGAGCUUAUGUAAGCAAAGCAAAGAAAUUAAUUGCCCUCCCUGUUGCAUAUGUUAGAUCUCUCGUGGCUCCAUCAACAAUUCGUUCUUCUCAUCGGAAUUAAUUUCACCUUCUAUUCAAAUAAAGCUUAAUAGUUCAUUGUAUAGUAUUUGAAUCCAUGUAUAUUAGCAUUAUCUUUUUACGAAUGUUUUGAAGCAUGGUGGAAGCAUAUGUGUAUAUAUAGUAAAAUCAUUUAUACGACUAAAAUAUUCUAAUAACCAAA